GGCCGCGGAGCUGCGGCGUUGGCGUCAUGGCGGAGGCGGCUUUGGACGCCGUGCGGAGGGAGUUACGAGAAUUCCCGGCUGCCGCCAGGGAGCUCAGUGUGCCUCUUGCUGUGCCUUACCUGGACGAGCCCCCGACUCCACUCCACUUCUACCGGGACUGGGUCUGCCCUAAUAGGCCCUGCAUCAUCCGCAAUGCCCUGCAGCACUGGCCAGCCCUGCAGAAGUGGUCCUUCCCAUAUCUCAGGGCCACAGUGGGCUCCAUAGAGGUGAGUGUGGCUGUGACCCCUGAUGGUUACGCGGAUGCUGUACGAGGGGGCCGCUUUAUGAUGCCCGCUGAGCGCCGCCUGCCCCUGAGCUAUGUGCUGGAUGUGCUCGAGGGCCAGACCCAGCACCCAGGAGUCCUCUACGUGCAGAAGCAGUGCUCCAACCUGCCCACCGAGCUGCCCCAGCUGCUGCCUGAUCUAGAGUCCCACGUGCCCUGGGCCUCUGAGGCACUGGGAAAGAUGCCUGAUGCUGUAAACUUCUGGCUGGGGGAUGCAGCUGCAGUGACAUCCUUGCAUAAGGACCACUAUGAGAACCUCUACUGUGUGGUCUCUGGAGAGAAACACUUCCUGCUACAUCCACCCAGUGACCGGCCCUUCAUCCCCUAUGAGCUGUACACACCAGCAACCUAUCAGCUCACUGAAGAGGGCUCAUUUAAGAUGGUGGAUGAAGACGCCCUGGAGAAGGUACCCUGGAUCCCACUGGACCCAUUGGCUCCAGAUCUGGCCCGGUACCCCAGUUAUAGUCAGGCCCGAGCCCUUUGCUGCACGGUGCAAGCUGGUGAGAUGCUCUACCUGCCAGCCCUAUGGUUCCACCAUGUCCAGCAGUCCCAUGGCUGCAUUGCUGUGAACUACUGGUAUGACAUGGAGUAUGACCUUAAGUACAGUUACUUCCAGCUGCUUGACUCCCUCACUAAGGCCUCAGGCCUCGACUGAUGGAAGCCUGGUGAACGUUGCCAACAAGAACUGGUAGAAAAUAUCAUGUCCCUCCCAGGCCAGGUCACUUCCAGAGGCAAACUAGAGUCAGAGUCUGCUGGCCAGUGGCCCAGCUCAGCUUGGGAUCAGCAUUUGAGAAUUUUGGGUGGUGAUCUGGAGGUCCAGAAGGUGCCAGGCAGGUCUGUGUUGGGCUUCCAGGAAGUUACAACACAGGCGAGGCUGCUGCCUGUACUGGAGGAGGCGUGGGGCUUGUAGUGCAGCCUCUUACCAGCACCGUGGGCGAGUUACCACCUUGCAGCAUUGGUGUCCUGACUGUAAAACCGAGAAAAUGAUGGGUCCUAACCAUCGCGUGUUGUGAGGCUUGGAGAGAGAUCUUUAAGGACCCUAAGGGCAUGGCACAGAGGAAGUGUUCAAUAAAAAGUGGCUUUGAUUCAUGUGU